CGAACCCAUCAAAAACCCUUCAUUCUCUACGGCUCUCUCGCGCUGCUGGAAUUGGAGGAACAAUAAUUCCGGAAUUUAUUUCGUUUUCUUGCAUCGGAAGUGAUCAAUCACGGUCGUGUGCGUACGUGUGUGCGUGUGUGUGCUGAGUCAGCAGCGUUUGUUUCGGACCAAACGGCACCAGCCCAGCUUUAAGCCCAGUCGUCCCUGGUUCGUUUCCGUCAGUUCUGGUCGGUGUGCUGCUGCAAACCUUCCCCGUUUCCCGUUUCUCAUCCGGCUGUUCGGGUCGCUCUCUCGCUGGUCUGCUGGUUUGCAGACGAAGCAAAGUGACCGCCGCACAAUCUCGCUUCCUCCUUCUCCUCCACCUCCGCGCUGCUUCAACGUCGUCGGGUGGGGAGCGAAAAUCGACCAGCCUUUGUGGGCUAGAGAGUUUUGCCUUCCCUGCUUUUUGGCUGCCCCGUAGACUGUGCUGUGCCUCGGCUAACACAAUCGGAAAAGUGUACGCUUGGCACCGUCGUCGAAGCAGGAAGCAUCGCAAGAACACAGAGAGCCCGGCAGGGAGAGUGAAACGCAACAGUUAAUCCGUAUGGGAAACUAACAAGAUUUGGCUUUUAGUUGCCUUGACAGGCGCGCUGCAGUGCUGUGUGGUGUAUGAAAACGAAGUGGUGAAACAGUGACGCUGCGAAGUGAAUAGAAGAAAAAGGAUAAUAAUUGUGCGUGCGUGUGUUUGUGUGAGAGAGUGCGUGGAAAGCCCAAGCAGACGUACGGAGGUCGGUGGCACGGUGGCCUCUAAUUAGACACAACGGUUUCGAAAUGAAUACCCAUCUGCAAGGAUCAUCGCCCAGAUCGCCCGCACCGUCACCCGAUCCUGACGUUGACGAGGGUAGCUCGAAAAAGCAGGCAACAAGAGUAUUUAAGAAAAGUUCUUCGAAUGGCAAAAUCACCGUAUACUUGGGAAAACGUGACUUCGUCGACCACAUCACGCAUGUCGAUCCGAUAGAUGGUGUCGUGCUGAUAGAUCCCGACUAUGUGAAGGAGCGGAAAGUUUUCGGACACGUACUGGCCGCCUUCCGGUACGGGCGUGAGGAUCUGGACGUGCUGGGACUAACCUUCCGAAAGGACCUGUAUCUGGCAUCCGAACAGAUUUAUCCACCGCUGGAAACGGACCGGCCGCUCACCCGGCUCCAGGAGCGGCUGAUCCGGAAGCUGGGCGCGAACGCGUACCCGUUCUACUUCGAGGUGCCGCCCCACUGUCCGGCCUCGGUGUCGCUGCAGCCGGCCCCGGGCGAUACCGGGAAACCGUGCGGCGUGGACUACGAGCUCAAGGCCUUCGUCGGCGAGUCGCAGGAGGACAAACCGCACAAACGGAACUCGGUCCGGUUAGCGAUAAGGAAAAUCAUGUACGCACCCUCGAAGCUGGGCGAGCAGCCGUCGAUCGAGGUUAGCAAAGAGUACAUACUGAAACCAAAUAAAAUUCACCUCGAGGCGAGUCUGGACAAGGAGCUUUACCACCACGGCGAAAGCUUGUCGGUGAAUGUACAUAUAGCGAAUAAUUCAAGUAAAACGGUUAAGAAAAUCAAAGUGUCGGUCCGACAGUUUGCGGACAUCUGUCUCUUCUCGACGGCACAGUACAAGUGCACGGUAGCGGAGGUAGAAUCCGAAGAGUACUCCGUCGGGCCCGGCUUUACCCUAUCCAAAGUGUUCACCAUUAAACCGCUGCUUAAGCACAACAAACACAAACGAGGGCUCGCCCUGGACGGCCAGCUGAAGCACGAGGAUACGAAUCUAGCGUCCAGCACGAUAGACGGAUGCCAGGUUGCCCCCGGAUUCACGCUUUCGAAAGUGUUUACGCUGACGCCACUGCUGGCCAAUAAUAAAGACAAGUGGGGCCUGGCACUUGACGGGCAGCUGAAGCACGAGGACACCAAUCUGGCCUCGAGCACGCUGUCUCGCACACUGGUGGAUGGAAAAUAUAGAAUUGCUGACCCUUCACAACGAGAAAACCUGGGCAUUAUUGUGCAGUAUAAAGUAAAGGUUAAGCUGUGCAUCACUCCUCUCGGCGGAGAUUUGGUGGCGGAGCUACCGUUCAUACUCAUGCACCCGAAGCCGGACGAUGACGAACCCGUGAUAGGCGACCGGUCGCCCGGCCGAACAGUCAACAGUGCGGACCGAAAACACUCCUACCAGGCCGGUCACGAGAUGGGCUCGCACAGCAACAACGGGGACGCACACGCCUCCAAAGAGGACGGUCCCAAUCUAAUUCAGCUGGACGGAGACGACAAUGGUCCGGAUGAUGAUAUUAUAUUUGAGGAUUUCGCUCGAUUACGCUUGAAGGGCGCUGAAACAGAAGCUUAAGGAUUAACCGCGUUUGGACAGUUUCGUGCGACGGGCGUCGGCUGCUAACGUGUGUUGUAGUGUGCAUUUCCCGAGAAGUAACUUCUGCCGAGGGGAGGAUACACCGGUUGCCCUCAGUCAACAAAGGUGUGCGAGUUAUCGUGCACGCAUACACAAACACAAAGGCGCCACGCACUUACGCUACAAGCGCCAUUGGUCAAGGCAAAGGUCAAAGGUCGUUUGGUUAGCAGAACGUUAACAACAACAACAGCAAACAAACAAACAAACAAAAAUAUUAAGAACAAAAACGACCAACAGAGAUAAUUUAAGCUACGCCAAAGUAUCCAUAUUUGAUGUGUGUUUUUUCAAAAAACCGAUUGUCUAGCUCUUCCUCAACCAACUCCUAGACGCAACACCGCCACACACACACACACACACGCACAAACAGACACAAAGAUGCAUUUAACGCACACGGUUGAAGUGGCCGAGCAAAGCGGCAAAAAGAAAUUUGUCACUAAUAACGUUAAGGACCAAGAAUUCCGGCUUCAGCACGCUAGAUAAAUCUCCAUUACAAUGUUCCGCUGCUGCAUCCAUUUGCGUCCAUUUUGGGGGGCGUAAUAACUCCAUCUUUGCACUCUCCUUCCCUUUGGCGCAUCUUCCAGUCCUGCGACGGUGUGUUGCGUGCGUUCGGUACUCUGCCAGUACGGUCCACGUACAAUAGAAACACGCAUUUACGUUCUCCCAGAGAACAAUUAUCUUCCGAGCGUGUUGUGUGUUUGUGUGUCUGUAUGUGUGUGUGUGUGUGAGUGGUGUAAAUCAGUUAGCACCUAGCACGCGUGUUAGGCAGAUCAGAUUCAGCAGAUGGUAGAGCAAUUAUAGAAUGCAUGUACUUCAACUGCCAUCACACUGCGGAGGGAGAGUAAGAGAGAAGGAGAGAGAGAGAGAGAGAGAGAGAGAGAACGAAAGGAGAGAUUUUUGCACCUUCGCUUCCAUCUCUAAAUCCGAAUACAUUCAAAGCAACUGUUAGGUGUCAAAGAUAACGAUCCAUGAAGUCGUUUUUGAAAGAUACGUUUUUAAAUGAACGAUUCAUAUAUUUCUUUCUGUACACAUGGAGCCUAUUUUCAACGCUUUUUAGUUUUGUAUUUUUCCCUGACGAAGUUGUAUUAAAGCACAGAAAUGGUUUAUAUGUGGAAGAUUUUAUUAUAAUGUUUAUAUUACACGCAUAACUUGACCAGCAGCAGAGGACGGCACCAUAUUGCGCCGUCCCUGGGUGUGUAUAGAGCUGUUACAAAGAUAGGGCAAAAGCAAUGGUGUGUCACGCAAGGAGUGAGCUCCCCGCCCCGGUUUUGUGCAUUUAACCUGUGAACACUGUUCCAACUGUAGGUGGAUAAAAAUGUAACGACCACACGAUCGUUGCUGAAAGUACAUUGCAUAUGGUGUGGCAAAAGUUGCGGUGCGCGCGCACAGUCAUUAACGCAACCAUAUUACGGACGCGGAGCUUUGUUUUUUUUUUUACUACGCCAGGCACAUUUAGUUAGAAUUGUAAGUAACGUUGCGUUUAAAGGCUUGUUCCAUUGACACGAUGAGAGGAAGAGCCCGUUCGCUUGAUAUUUUAAAAGGCGCGCACAAAAAGCAAAAAAAAGCCCACCAUUUGGGGCCCCAGGAAUGUAUCGCUCAAGCUGCUCUCCGUUCGUAGUUCGCUAUUUUUCAAAAUUCCAGCAAACGCAAUACUUUUUUUUAAAUUUCAUUAUAAACGCAACUAAUAUAACUAGUUUGUUGUAGGUGAGAAAACACGCACACACACAUAACACACAGGAUGAAAAGAGAAAGUAUUUAUUGGAAUAAACACAGUAAAAAAAACAACGUGUUAGGUAGAAAUGUUCGAUGUGUAAGAGAUAUACUAUGCGAAAUAAACAACCGUCAACCAACGCCAACGCCAUUCCGCUCCUGACGUACAUUACCUUACCGCGCGCCCUCAAUAAAAGCACCUCACUGCAGCAGUCACACGUGCCGUUGCAUUACUGAGUGUAGAAUGAAAGGAAGCAGUAGCUUCAAUGUAAGGACAAAACAGACGCGCACAGACGCACACGCGCAGCAUUUAACAAUUCGUUCUUUCUUGUGUGUCCUUCGAGGCUCGUGCGCAGGGCGUACGUUGACGUUUUUUGUGUCGUUCAACAGAGAAAUUGCUCCUCCCGAAAAACACACACGAAACACGAAACGGGUUGUCGGGCGAAGAAUGUCUGAUUAAAUGCAGGGAUUGUUUAGAUUAAUUCCGUACCGCCUCCCCGAUUUCAGGUGGUUUGGAAAAUAGAGAAGCACAGAAGAUAGCCUCAGUACCCUCUCUCUUUCUCUCUGUUACAUGUAAAACGUGUGAUCGAUUUUAUGGGAACCUUUUCGCUUGCCUUUGACUGAUCGAAACGAUCGAGAAUUUAAGUGUAAGCUGUGCACUACUGUCCGACAACCCGCGAGGAUACGAGCGCACUAGACAGGGAGCUGUUUUUUUUUUAAAUAGUUUUCUACACAACACACACAACAACACUCUGUCUCACUUUCUCUCCCUCUCUCUCUCUCUUACAUGUGAUCGUAUUCAUCACAAUUUGUACAAUUCGCCCGCGCUCUGCUGCCCGCGGGGGAGAACAUUUUUCCAAGUGGCAUUAAGGUGGCAACAGAAGCCGAAGACGCAGGCAGAUGAUUCGUAACCGUUUUAGAUAACUGUAGCAUGUAGAACACAAAACGAAAAGCAUAAACGGGAUGAUUUCCACAACCCCCCCCCCCUCCUACCCCUGUUCCCUUUUCUUUUCGGUUACUCAUUGUCUUUGGUGUGGAUGCGCUUGUUGUUCUGUGUAUGUUUCGGUAGUUUUGUACCACCUGAUGUGCAUAGUGUUUAUGUGUGUUUGUGUGCAUGCUUGUACGCGGGCGAACAGUGUUUUAAAUGUAAUUAUUGACACAAUCAUAACCCGUUCUAAAAAGGAACAAAAAAAAACAUCGACGAAUAAUCGACACGGAAAGAGUGUGGAAGUGUGGCAACAACACCAACUCCCCCGCAUACACAACACGCAGAGCAAAAAUACACGAAAUACAGUUUACAUGUCAAUGUUUGCCGGAUUACAAUUUUCGAAUUGAAACAGUUAUAUAAAUCUAACGUUGUAGAUAUGUACUAAACAAAAUACACACACAAUUUACCAUUUUCUACACUCCUUAACCGGGUCAUCAGUGUCCAGGAAGAAGGCAUGGUGUUAGGGUGUAAGGAAAUCUAGGCAGUAAGAUGGAAACUUCAGUCAUGUUUAACAGAGGUGUUGAAAUUGCGUUGAUACUGCUAGCAUUGCAUGCCAGGUGUAUUUUAUUGAAGCACAUUUUCCAUGCUGGUAUGUAAAUGUAUUAUAAAUAUGAUAGCUUAUGUUGCGUAUUUGUGAAUAUUUAUUUGAAAUGCAAUUAACCAACUAUAGGCGAAUCUUGCUUUAAAAAGUAUUACACAAUCCCGUUUUUUUUUUUAAAAAGAUACGCUAAUGCAAGCACGUACAAUUUUCCUAGCGAAUCGUCGAUGCAGAAGAAGAUACCAGGCCCGUUCGAAUCGUUCUCGCGAAUCUAAAAGCCUGACGAAAUAACAAAAUUGUGUACCUUUCGCAUUUUUAAAACCGAAUGACAAUACUUACUCAUAGUUUUCGGUCACACUGAGAAGGGCAGACGGCAGUGUCUGUUUUUGGAAAUCUUAAAGAGCUCCUGGGGGAGUUUGGUUUUACGUUCGAGGUUGCGUUUUGUAUUGAUUGAAGAGUUAAGAUUGCUUUAAUCUGUUCAGGGUGCAUGUGCACAGUUUCAUGAAAAAUCGUUUCGUUGUAGUCCAAAUUGACAAAAAUUGUACAACGGCUAAUUGGAAUUGUGUAAUAGAAGAAAACUAAACAAAAAAAAAACAA